UCUCUCUCUCUCUCUCUCUCUGUCUCUGUCUCCCAUGAGAAAGCAGCAUUAUGGUCCUCAUGGACAAUGGCAACUUUACUUUUUCACAGUCAACAGAUACCAAGUGAAUUCAGCGGAGGGAAAUUAGCCCCAUGUCACAUUUAUGUCACAUGUUUUGAUCAUGAUUUCAAUUGUUUAGGGGGAAACUGCCUAUCCACCUUUUUGGAUAAUAACAAACUGAUUUUUAAAAAAGUAAUAUAUGUGCAAUAUAUAUUGUUCUUUUUUUCUUUUCAGCAGAAAUUCUUUUUUAGAAUGUAUGUUUAUUCUCUCUCAAUAACUUCUGACAGGAAACUAGGUAUCGUCAGAGAUAUUUGGAUCUGAUUUUAAAUGAUUAUGUGAGACAGAAGUUCAUCAACAGGGCCAAAAUUGUCACCUAUCUACGGACAUUUUUAGAUAAUCUGGGAUUUCUGGAGGUGGAAACACCCAUGAUGAAUAUAAUUCCAGGUGGAGCAGUUGCCAAGCCCUUCAUUACACACCAUAAUGAGUUAGACAUGGAUUUGUAUAUGCGAAUUGCUCCAGAGCUUUACCAUAAGAUGUUAGUUGUAGGAGGUCUUGAUAGAGUGUAUGAAAUUGGGCGUCAGUUUAGGAACGAAGGUAUUGAUCUUAGUCAUAAUCCAGAAUUUACCACAUGUGAAUUUUACAUGGCCUAUGCUGAUUACAACGAUCUAAUGAAAAUCACAGAAAAACUUCUUUCAGGUAUGGUAAAGCACAUCACGGGCAGUUACAAAAUCAUAUACCAUCCUGAUGGACCUGAUGGUCAAAGUUAUGAAAUUGACUUUACACCACCAUUCAAGCGUGUCAGUUUGACAACAGAUCUGGAGAAAAUUGUGGGAGUUAAAUUUCCACCUGCUGAUCAAUACGAGACUGAAGAGGCCCGUAAAUUCUUUGAUGAUUUAUGCAUUCAGAAAGGUGUUGAAUGUCCACAUCCAAGGUCUACAGCCAGGCUUUUGGACAAGUUGGUCAGUGAAUUCCUGGAGGUUACUUGUAUUAAUCCAACAUUCAUCUGCGAUCACCCUCAGAUCAUGAGCCCACUGGCCAAAUGGUAAGGUUUAACAAGAUCAGACAUAAC